UGGCAUGCUUGCAGCUCUCAACGCAUGCAACGCCUGCCGUUUCCUCCCCUGAUCUUCCUCCUUGUUUGUUUCUGAACGCCUUGGAGCACGUUUUUCACUCAAGCGUCGAGGUUCCUGUAGAAGCUGCAGUUGUUAUUAUUACCUGGCCGUUUUCGCCAAUUAGCAAACACCUUACAUCCCUCCAGCCAAUCAGCUUCUGUCUGGUCCCUCCUGUAGCCCUCCGUAAAGUCCUGUAAAAGAAUUCAUAUCGGAAGCCAAACUUUACCUAUACCUAACUGCAACUGGUAGAAGUUACAGCAUUUUAUUUUAAACUUCCGUCGUGCAUAUCUAUCAAAUGAGUUGUCUAUCCCUUGUUUUAUCAGAGUGCGGCACAUCCCCGAUGGUACUGAUUUUUGGUGUUUCUUUAAAGCUGGUGGGCAGGUAUUUCUUUUCAGCCUAAUCUGACUGGCUGGACUACAGAAAGCCAGUUGAAAAAAAAGAAGAAUUACCUGUAGCUCGAGUUCUGCAGUCUGCCGAGCAGAUUCUCGCACACCUUCACCUGCACAGACUUGAAAGUCCAGUUUCACAGGAGAGUUACAGCAACGCAAAGGGGUGUUGGAUUGGAUCAGCUAUGUCACAAGAGACGGACAACAACAAAAGACUCGUAGUUGUGGUACCAAGCGACACCUCAUUCCAUUCUAGACGGUCAUACACAAGUGAGGAUGAGGCCUGGAAGUCAUACUUGGAGAAUCCAUUGACAGCUGCAACCAAGGCAAUGAUGAGUAUCAAUGGAGAUGAAGACAGUGCAGCAGCCCUUGGCCUGCUCUAUGAUUACUACAAGGUUCCCAGGGAUAAAAAGCUUUUAUCAGUAAGCAAAAUAGCAGAGAUUCAUGAUGACCAAGAUAAAAGGAACUGUAUUGGAACAAGUGAAGGUCACAGUAAUUUGGAUGUCACAGAAGGUAGAAUACAAGUGCUAAAAACUGUUCCAGUUGAUCUUUCUUUGAAUCCAGAACAUCUGGACUCUUCCAAAAGGGAGCAUUAUGGCACAAACCCUGCUGAAGCAAUACCCAUCUCCAUAACUGGUGUUACAGUGGUAAAAGCUGAAGCAUACUCCCCUGCAUUUGUGCCAUCUGCUGUACAUUACAGCAGAGCAGACAGUGAUGAAACAAGAGGAGUUAUCUUUGAGCACAAUCAUUAUGAUACUUCACCCAAUCCUCAUGCAACUUACCUCAAGGAUGACCAGCGCAGUACACCUGACAGUACAUACAGUGAAACGUUCAAGGAAGGAAUAGCAGAUAAAUAUCGUAGUGAAUCUCUGGGUACAGAAGACUACAUCUAUGAACACAGUGCGGGAGAUACAUUUCAAUACACAUUAGAUGCCACCAAAUCUCUUCGACAGAAGCAGGGUGAGGGACCAAUGACCUAUUUAAACAAAGGACAGUUCUAUGCUAUCACACUGAGUGAAACUGGAACAAAUAAAUGCCUACGGCAUCCCAUCAGCAAAGUGAGGAGUGUGAUAAUGGUGGUGUUUUCUGAAGAUAAGAACCGAGACGAACAGUUGAAAUACUGGAAGUUCUGGCAUUCAAGACAACACACAGCUAAACAGAGGGUUCUUGACAUAGCUGAUUACAAAGAAAGUUUCAACACAAUUGGGAACAUUGAAGAAAUUGCAUACAAUGCAGUCUCUUUUACAUGGGAUGUAAAUGAAGAAGCAAAGAUUUUUAUCACGGUGAAUUGCCUGAGUACAGAUUUUUCAUCACAGAAGGGGGUGAAGGGGUUACCUCUGAUGAUUCAGAUUGACACCUACAGUUACAACAAUCGUAGCAACAAGCCUAUCCAUCGUGCCUAUUGCCAGAUAAAAGUAUUCUGUGAUAAAGGAGCAGAAAGAAAAAUACGAGAUGAAGAAAGGAAACAAAAUAGGAAGAAAGGGAAAAGCCAAGGAAGCCACAUCCAGUGUAGCACAACAACAGAUUUAAAGUUGGCAUCUCCUGUUGCACUGAAGAAAAGUGACUUAACGUACUUCAAAACCAUGUUGGACCUAGAUUCACAGCCAGUGCUCUUCAUCCCAGAUGUCCAUUUUGGAAACCUGCAAAGAACUGGGCAGGUCUACUACAAUGCAGAUGACAUAGAAAGGGAAGGCACUGUCCUAGUGAAAAGGAUGUUCCGAUCUCUAGAUGAUGAAUUUGGUCCAAUCUCCACUAAACAGAUUAAAGAAGAAGUAUUAAAACGAGUGCUUCUGUAUGUAAGGAAGGAAUCUGAUGACGUAUUUGAUGCUCUCAUGCUAAAAUCCCCAACUGUAAGAGGCCUGAUGGAUGCUAUAUCAGAGAAAUAUGGUCUACAUGUAGAAAAGAUUACAAAGAUUUAUAAAAAAAGCAAAAAGGGAAUUUUAGUCAACAUAGAUGAUAACAUUAUUGAACAUUAUUCCAAUGAGGACACAUUUAUCCUGAAUAUUGAGAGCAGCCCGGAGGGUUAUAAGAUCACUCUGACAGAAAUAUAAAAGGACUGGGUUUCUUUUAAUUCAGUCACCGCAUUGUGUUCCUUCAUCUUUUUCUCCAGCAAGGAGAAAGAAACUCCUGAGUCUUAUGCAGUAUGACAGGAACUCAUAUUCCACUUGGAGAAGCUGUUACCAAUUUCUUCAUAAAGAAACUAUGCAUAUAUUUUCCAAAUCAUUGCACCAAAACAGCAGAGAAUCCUUAUCGUUGUACACUAAUUUGGUAUGAACUAUAGCCAUUUGAUGGGCUGUGUAUAUGUGCUGGGCUCUGGGUCAUGCCUCUCUGUCACUGGAUGCCAAGUGGUUAUAGCAAAUGAACCUCCAUAAUUUAUCUUCUAAAAUAUUUUUUCUACUAAAAUAUGACUUCAUGAAAUAAGAAGUGAUUCAAAAUUCUAUCAGCCUUCUGAUGCCAGCAUCGGUCUUACUUUCUGUCAAGCAACAUAUUGUGAAGUUGAUUGUGUUGGGGAUAUCGCACUCAUACGAAGAAGCACAAAGAGUAAUAACAAACUGCUUCAACUGAACUUUUCCAUGUCAAAACAUUCCUACACAGUGCUUUACGUUCCCAUUUCAUGAAUUUAAAACACUGCCCUCGAGUAUCAUUGGUACGUUAUUAUAGCACAAUGGGACCAGGCAGGGAUGUAACAUUAACAAAAUUUAUAAUGGACCCAAGAAUAAUGAAAUUGCUGCACUAUCAUUUAGUAUGUGCAAUAAUACAUUUUAUUGUGUGGGUGUCUUUGCUGGCGUCUGCAUUUUUUAAGUGAACUUAUUAUUUUGCUAAAAAGUUUUAAGCCAUAGAAAGGUCUCACUAGUUUUUGCUAGUUAUAAGGCUGUAUAAUUACAGAAGACUUCAUAAAAACAGAUGCUCUUAGUUUGCUAUUCCAAAUGUAUCUGGAAUAUUAGAGCCAGGCAUUUAGAAAGGCAGCUAUGGCUUCAGAGAAUGGGCCUCGACCUUAACAGAAAUAAAGAGUGGAGACCUGCAAAGAUUCAAUGGUAUGGCUGUGUAUUUCCUGAAAGAGCUCACCUAAUGUUUGGAACUUGAUCGAAGUGUACACUUCAGCUGUGUAAUCUGAAAUAGCUGUAACAGGGAAACUGCAGCACACCUUGUGGUCAUUGCAUGAAGAGUUAAUGAAUGAUGUAGUGACAGAAGGGGUACAAUGGUCACACAUAGAGGACUUUCAUACACCAAUGACAGAGUUAUAAAUUAGUGUGCAUGUUUGCAUGACAGUAUUUUUUUAUUAUUAUUUUCUGGGGGGUAUAUUUAUAUUUAUAAUUAUUGUCAUAUUUGUUUGCAAUGCCUUCUAGGGAAUAUCAGAACAUGCUUGUUUUUAUAACAUGGAGUCAAACAUGUUCAAAUCGGCACAUCAAACUAAAACCAAAUGUAGGAUAACAACAGUUUGUUAUACUGCUCCCAUGGGGAUAAUUAGUUUUAAAAUGCUAGAUUUUGUCAUGCAAAGAACUGUGAUUUAAUAAAGGAGGCAACAUUGAUAAAAUUGUUUGCAUAAAUGUCCACGUAAGAACUUUAUACUCAUAAAUUAUCCAUAAGAAACAUGAGUCAGUGCCAGCAUUUCAUCAGCAGUGUAGAUAUGUAUAUAUUUCUGUACAUUAUUUUCUAAUUUGGGAUACAUUGUAGUGUAUGUAAUGUUCUGCAUAAUGGUCUUGCUAAAUAAAUGUUGCGUUAACAUGUUGGUGUCAGAAAAGAAAAUUAAUAACUUGCCAAGCCUGAUCAUGUAGCCAGAUAGCUUUAUAAUCCACAAAACCCAUUAUUUCCUAUGUGGCUUUCAUUUCAUUUUAUAGCUGCUUAAAAUGCACUGUCUCUUUCUUUACAAUAUGAUUUCUGUCUUGAAUCACACUAAGUAGUGUUAAUAUAGUGCAGCAUUUGAUAAGUUUUGAUUCAAACAGCCAGGUGGAAAGGAGGUUCCUUGGACAAUUAACUUUACCUUUUACAUGGGGGGGUGGAUGAUAACCCUAAACAGAGAGCACUACUAUAUAUGAACAUGGGGAUAGGAUGUGGGACGCUAUAUGUGAGCAUCUUCAUGUCCUUACAUGGGGCAGUAAGCAUUGCCUGCAUGCCACUGUGCCAUGACAGCCCUACUAUGUUUUCUGAUCUGUAGGACUGCUCGGAAAACAUAACCAUGCCAACCUUCUUGCUGUCAAUUAACAUUCUAAUUUAUUCAUCACAUAACCAGGGACUAGUAGGCAAUGAGGCUCAGUGCAGAGCUAGGUAACACAAUGUAGCCUAUACUAAGUUAUAAUGUAUACUAUUAUGAACUUCCAGCACAAACAAUUAAAUAUAAAUGUUGCAGCACAUUCCAUUUCUAUACAUUAGACCAUAGAAAAAAAAAAGACAACUAACAUGGUGGUGAAAAAAAAUUUAAUAUCAACAGUCACAAACCGAAAAAGAAAUAAAACAUCAAACAAAUAAAUUAUUGAAAACACCACACUGGCCACAAGCAGAUAAGA